AUGCCUGUGGCUCGCGGUAAAAACACUCGUAUUUUCCUUUGUAGAGUUAGUUGAAAUAAAGAAUGUGUUACGAAUUAACAGCGUAACUUUCUAGUACUUAUAUAUUUAAAUAAAUAACAAAUGUAUGCUAAAUUUUUCAAGUUAUGUCUAGGGAAUUUAAUUCGUAUAAGGAUGUAAGUGGUCUUACUGUGUAGAAAUGGCAUAGUUAAAAUUGUACCCGGAUACAGAUAGAUACCUAAUUAAAUCAUGUGUGAUCAUUGACACUUUCACUUUGUUUAUAACCUUCCCUAUUGUUAAAAGAGAGGGAAUGAUCUGUUAUAUUUAAUAUACAAUUUACAUAUUUGUUAAGUACAUAAGAUAAAGUUGGUGUUACUCUUUUAACAUGUCGUUAACUAUUGAAGAUCAAAUUGAACUAUUAUUAGCUGGAAAUUCUUUAGAAAUUGAUGACACGCACGAAGUUAUUCAUGCCGCAGAAACUGAUAUUCUAGGAUCAAAAACAUCCACCAAUUAUGUUCCCAUUUGCCAAAAAACUGUAACAUAUAUUGUUGCUGCUGUUGUUAUAAAUGAACAAGGAGAUAUAUUAAUGAUGCAAGAAGCAAAGUCUUGUUGUCAUGGAAAAUGGUAUUUACCAGCUGGUAGAGUUGAACCUAAUGAAAGUUUAUUAGAUGCUGUUAAAAAGGAAGUUUUAGAAGAAACAGGCCUUAUAUUACAACCAGAAACUUUGAUAUUAGUUGAGUGUGCAAGCGGUUCAUGGUAUCGUUUUGUUUUCACUGGUACAAUAAUUGGAGGUCAAUUGAAAACUUUAGAAGAAGCAAACAAGGAAUCAUUACAGGCCUGUUGGGUACAUAAUAUAAGUGACCUGACACUUAGAGCAAAUGAUAUUAUACCUCUUAUAGAAAGAGCUAAAUUUUAUGUUAUGAACAAGGGUAUUUCGCAACAUCCAAACUUAAUUCCAGCUAGUAAAUCAUUGAACAAAUUAUUAUUGCGACUUACAAUUACUUCAAAAAUGAGAGCAACGAAUAAAUUACAUGUUCUUGUGUCUAAUACAAUACCAAAUCAUUUGCCAAUCUGUGAAAUUAAUCCAAAUCACAGUCUGCUCUCGACUUUACAUAAUUUUAUGGAAGAAUUAUUUGGCAGUGGAGUUGCACAACAUAGACCACAUGGUGUAUUGUCUGUAGAGUUUAGUGGUGGACCGGAAAAAGAUGGACUUUGUUUAACAUUACUUGUAUCGUUCAAGUUGCCUGUAGAAGAUGUACCUACUAUUGGGAAAUACAUUUGGCACGAAUUGCCUGAAAAUCUAGCUGCAAGUAUAUCUUACCGUUUGCCAAGAAAUAUGACUGUGCCUUUAAAUGUUAUACGAUAAUUCGGUGUACGUAUAUUAAAUGAUACAUUGCACAAGUUUGGAAAUUUGUAUUAACUUAUGGUGCUUACAUAUAAAAUUAAAAAGUCUUUAACAUGAUUAACAAACCAUAAGUUUAAAUAUAACACACUUGAAAUAUUAUUUUUAAAACCAAAUUAUAAAAAUAGUUGGUAGUUCAAUUCAUGAAACUACAUUUACGUUAUACCAUAAAAGAGUUAUGUAUUAACUAAUAUCAACAUUUAACAAUGAUUAACUGAACAAAAAAAAUUUUCAUAAUCAUGAAUUUACAUUUAUCCUAGUCUGUACCAAUGAUUUUUGUAAUACAUGAGUAUAUAUCAUGUAUCUCUCACAGAAGUACCAUAUAAUAUAAGUAAAUUAAUACUAACAAACCAUCUAUAUAAGUUUUUAUGCUAAUAGUAAAGAAGUUAUAAGUUCUUUGAAUUGUUACCAAAAAUUUUUAGAUCUCCGCUUCAAUCUAAAAAGGAGGAAAAGUUUUUGUGAAGCACUAUAUUUUCAAAAACUAUGUGUAGAAAAAUUUGAUAAAUUACACUACGUAUUAAAUAGAAAUUUAUUUUUAUACAUUAUGAAAUAUAAACAGAGAUUAUUGUUAUUAUUUACAUUCCAAAUAGAUAAUAUAUAAACAAAUACAUGUAGCGUAUCUUGUACUUCAUUGAGCACAAAUAUUUAUAUAUGCAUAUAUACAAAUUAAUUCAUAUAACAAAUACAUUAUAAUACAUAUAUCAUUUAUAUGCGUCAUUGAUACAUAUUAAUAAAAUACCGUUUAAAAUAGCUAAGGUAUUAUGCACUUCCAUAAUUUCUGAGACCUGUUUAUAUAUUGAGUAGUUUCUCAAGUAAAUAAAAAUUUGCAUUCUUGUCAAACAAGUAAUAUGACUACAACAAAAAAUAU